CAUGCCGGUGUGCUGUAUCAUGGGCUGGAACAGCCUCUGCUUAUAGUGCAUGAAGAAAUCACAGCAGUACUGAGCCCUAUUCCACAGGCUGCCUGAAACAGCCUCUGCCCACCAUGGGAGCAGCACAGGCUAAGGGAUUUGGUGAGCAAGUGGGUCCCCACAGCCAUGCAUCCUUUCAUCAUCAUCAUUCCCCAUCCCUCUGCAGGGAAGUCUUGUGUUUUCAGGCUGUUUUUUCCCCUUCUCCCAUUGUCCUCUCCAGCUACACAGGAAAUAGAAGACCAGCUAUUUCCUUGCUGCUUUUGUUCAGCUGAUCCCACAGCCCUUCCUCCCCAGCAAAGAACUUCCUGCAGCCCAGAAAGCCCCUGUAAACCCAGUGCCCCAAGGUUCACUGGCCAAGCUUCACCGUUUCCAUUUCCCAGUCAAUCAUUCUCCACUGCAUGCUCUACUGAAGGCAGCUUUGCAGAGGUCAGCCUUAGGCUUAUAAACUGUUUGCUGAUCCGGGACAGUGGUGCUGGGAGAAGGGACAGGUCUGGGAAGGCAGGGAAGGUCUCCUUUCUUUCUCACUCCAUCCCCGGAGACGAGAAGGCCACGUUAUGAUCCAGCAACAUCUGAGACAGCUCCUGCCAGAGAGGGAGAUGGACCCUUCUGCUGCCUUCGCCCUGCUCUGUGGCUCGGCAGCAGCCGUGGUGGUCUGGAAAUGGCUGGGCAAAAGGCAGAUCCAGAAGAGAAUGGAAGAGGCUCGGAGGACCCGGGAUGAGGGUGUGAAGAAAAUGGCAAAGGCCGCCCAGCAGUUCAGGGAGCAGGUCCCCAGUGUCCAGACAGAUGCCAUCCUGUCCCUGCCCCUGUUGGAACUCACUGGGAGACUGCGGGAAGGGUCUUUGUCCCCCAAGACUGUCCUCUACACCUACAUAGAGAAGGCCCUGGAAGUGACCCAGCAGACAAACUGCCUGCGACAUUUCAUCCCUGAGUGUGAGGAGCAGCUCCAGGAAGUACAACAGCAGAGGGAGAAAGGGCUGCUGUAUGGCAUCCCCGUCAGCAUCAAGGACCACAUCGGCCACAAGGGGCAUCUGUCGACCUGCGGGCUUGUGCAGUGCCUGGGCACUGUGGUGCAGGAGGACAGCGUCCUAGUCAAGGUUUUGAAGAGCCAGGGGGCCAUCCCUUUUGCAAUGACCAACGUGCCACAAUCCCUCUUCAACUAUGAUUGCAGCAAUCCCAUCUUCGGCCAGACCCUGAACCCCUUCAACGACCACAAGAGCCCCGGGGGCUCCUCGGGAGGGGAGGGAGCUCUGAUCGCAGGGGGAGGCUCCAUCCUGGGCAUCGGCUCGGACAUCGGCGGCAGCAUCCGCCUGCCCUCCAGCUUCUGUGGGCUGUGUGGGCUCAAACCCACGGCCGGAAGGCUCAGCCUGUCUGGAGCGAGUGGCCCAUUCAGUGGGAUCCUGGCAGUUCCCUGUGCUCUGGGGCCGAUGGCGAGGGACGUGGACAGCCUGGCCCUGUGCAUGAAGGCGCUGCUCUGUGAGGAGAUGUUUUGGCUGGACCCCACUGUGCCCCCCAUCCCCUUCAAUGAGGAUGUGUACUCCAGCUCCACUCCUCUGCGGGUCGGGUACUAUGACACAGACGGCUACUUCCCACUGCCCCCUUGCAUGCGGCGUGCAGUGCAGGACACCAGGAGGGCUCUGCAGGCAGCUGGGCACCAGCUGGUGCCCUUUUGUCCACCUCGGAUCCACUAUGUCAUGAAUGAACUCUUUCUGAAGACCUUUUUUGCUGAUGGAGGCCACGCUUGGUUGGACUUGUUCACAGGAGAUACCGUAGAUCCAAGCUUGAAAUCCCAGGUGAAUUGCUGCAGGAUCCCGAGGCUGGGGAAGAAGCUGCUGGCUCUGAUUCUUAAACCUCUGUUUCCCCGCCUGGCUGACUAUCUGAGUGCCUUGAGUGGAAUGAGCUCGGUGAAGGAGAUGUGGAAUCAUCAACAUCAAAUAGAGGUGUAUCGUACUGAGUUCAUCGCGCAAUGGAGGGAACUGGGGCUGGAUGUUGUGCUGUGCCCUGUCCUGGGGCCUGCCUUCACCAUGGGAUACCCUGGGAAACUGCUCACUGCCAUCUCCUCCACAAUGCUGUAUAAUGUCUUGAACUUCCCUGCUGGAGUCGUACCUGUCAGCACGGUGACAGAAGUGGAUGAGGAAGAACUAAAGCUUUACCAAGGGUACUGUGAUGACCCCUGGGACCGGAUCCUGAAACAGGCUGUGUCCGGAGCCGUGGGGCUGCCCGUGGCCGUGCAGUGCGUGGCCUUGCCAUGGCAGGAGGAGCUGUGCCUCCGGUUCAUGAAGGAGGUGGAGACCCUCAGCCAUGAGAAGAGAGUGGGGUAGCCUCCAUGGUCCCCCAUGCCCAGGGCCAGUGGCAACAUGAGAUGACAGCGCUGCACCACUUCUUGCAAUCAGCAGUGCAGAGACGACAGCGAGGAGGGAAGGAGGAAGGAAAAGCCAUUUCCUGCCCUGUCCUCCUUGCCAAUAACCACGGAUCCUGUAAGGAACCAAGAUGCCAUACAGAGGGUGGGACUGGUUUAAGCUGGGUUCAAAUGAUAAUACAUCCAUGAAACGCACUUUUCUGGAUGGAUGGACACCAUGGAUGGGGGUUCACCCUCAUUUUCACCUUUGCUGCCCCUUGCAGAAGCAGGGUGAUGCUGACAGCAAAGGAUUACAAAAGCUGAACAGUAUAGUCUUGCUGACACUGGAGUGACUUCCUAUGGAUAUAACUAUGGCUGCCCCGUAAGGAACACGGCCAUGUGAACCCUCCCCAUCACUGUAUUUUGCACACAAAAAUAAAAAUGUAGCUAUUAAGCAACUCUAUUAAUAAACUCCAGUAAUUGUUCACUGA